AUGGCAACUAAGACUCUUUUUGAACUCCCAAUUCUCUCCUCGCCCACGGCCACCAGCGCCAGCGGCACCGUAAUCGUCACCACCUCAACUCCAGGAAUCUACCUCCUAACCUUCACUUCACCUCCCGACAACCGGCUCCUAACGUCCUUCUGCCAGACCCUUCUCCUAGCCCUCGACAUAAUUGAGCACGAAUACCCACCCGGUGUUCUGAUAACCACAUCUGGGGUCCAGAAGUUCUACAGCAAUGGUUUAGACCUCGAGCAUGCCACCUCAACCAAGGGAUUCUUCCACAACAGUCUAUUCGCUCUUUUUAGACGGCUGUUGACAUAUCCUAUGCCGACGAUAGCGCUAGUCAAUGGACAUGCAUUUGCAGGGGGCUUCAUGUUAGCCAUGUACCACGAUUACAGAAUCUUCAACCCUUCCCGCGGUUUCCUCUGCCUCAACGAGCUAGAUCUCGGAGUACCCCUGCGCCCAGCCAUGUCUUCCAUUUUCAGGCAGAAACUGACGCCUAGCGUCUACAAACCCAUGGUGCUAGAAGCGAAACGCUUCUCGGCCAAGGAAGCGCUAGAAGGUGGUAUUGUGGAUGCGCUAGGGGGUUUAGAGGACGCAGUGAAGUUUGUGGGGCAGAGGGGUUUGGUGGAGAAGGGGAAGACGGGUGUUUAUGGUGUGUUGAAGAAAGAGAUGUAUCGGGAGACGCUGGGGUAUUUGGAGGAGAGUGUAGAGGAGGAUAACAAGAUGGAUAGGGAGGCAGAAAAGGAGGAUGAGAGGGGCGAGGAGGCAAAGGGGAGGGUAAACGAGUGGAAAAGAAAUACGAAUGGUGCUGCUAAGUUGUAG